GGGACUUUCCCCUACCAUAUCGCGACCCGGAAAGACAACAUAUUCAAGAUGGCGGCUUCCCUCUCUGUCCCAUGCAGACUGAAGAGCCGUUUUUAAACAGAGAUAAAGUACACUUUUCUCUUCGUGGAUAACAACAGUCAAAGCGGAUGAUAGAUGCUUGUUCAAUUAUUCAGACAUAAGUAGGAGAGGAGUCCGCCAUGUUGACAACAGCAGCCUCCAGAGGGAAGGUCAGGUCCCUGGUCUCUCUGAGCAGGAGACUGUCAACCAGCCAGCCUGGCUCCACGGACGGUACCCACCAUCCUCUCCCGGAGAGCGAGCCAGAGCUUCCCCUCAAGCAGCCACAACAGAGACCCAGAAAGGACCCGAGCAACUGCUCCGUCUUCCUCUUUCCCGGCCAAGGCAGUCAGUUUGUGGGCAUGGGUAAAGGACUUCUGAAGUACCCCAAUGUUAGAGAGAUGUUCACGGUGGCUCAGAAAAUCCUCGGGUACGACCUACUGUCUCUGUGCCUGGAGGGGCCCGAGAAGGAGUUGAUGAAGACGGUUCACUGUCAGCCGGCGGUGUUCGUCACCUCCCUGGCUGCAGUGGAGAGGCUCAACCAGGAAAACCCAAAGGUACCUGUCAAUUAAGGCUGGGCGAUAUGGGGAAAAGAUUAUCAUGAUAUCAGUCGAUGUGAUAUAUAUCACGAUAUAAAAAAAUGAAAUUUAACAGUGCCUACUGGUAUGUCUUUCACAGUACAAUACAAUAAGGCCUUUGUGUCUCUUCGACAUUUUGUCAUAAAGCGUUGCGCAGUGGUUCUCAAGUCCAGUCCUCUUGGCCCACUGUCAUACAUGUUAUAGAUGUUUCCCUGCUCCUACACACCUGAUUCAAAUGAUUGGCUCGUUAUUAAGCCAUUACAGAGCUUGAUAACAAGCUCGGCUUCACGUGUUCAAGUGCUGUAGUUGCUUGUAGCUGCAACCUGCCACUACGCAGUUGUUUGCUACUAAUUCAGCACAUGAUUGGUUCAGCGCAAAGCAGACCCGGAGCAACUCCCCUUUUCAUUGGCUUUUCGUAUAGUCUACCAAAACAUGGCAGAAUCCCGGCUAUCAAAAAGCAUAUUGACCAUGUUUUAUAUCGAUAUCGAGGGAAAUUAAUCUUUCGAUACAUACCAUUAUCGUUUUAUCGCCCAGCCCUACUGUCAACUUAUCCUCCAAUAAACGACUGUCAGCAUGUACUAAUCACAGUAAUAAUUCAGCAGUUAUAAGCGAGACUUGUCGCACUUAUUAUUGCCGAAUUAACCCCUGCUAGUCAUAAUGAAUAAUGCAAAUAAAUGAUAAGAAGUAACCCACUUUUUUAACCUUGUUCAGCACCAAAUAAAGUAGCGCAAAUAUUGGACGUUGUAUAAAUAUGAGUCAAAAAAGCUGGCACACUUUUCUAAAAAAGACACAGGGUUCAGAUAAGAUUUAUCGAUAUAUGUUCAUGUUUUUCUCUUUGGUUGGUACAAUAUUCAUCUUCAUUUGUGGAUGGUUUUUAGAAGUGAUUUUAAAGCCAUAUCUGUUUAAAUGCAGUGCUGUCUGAGGGCCCCAAAGGUCACAGCCAUCUCAUAUUACUUACACUGGUUGUAUGUAUCUUUAAUAUAAAAAUCACAAAUAUUAGCAUGAAUGCAAAAUAUGCUGUCUUGAACUAAUUUGUACUAAAGAAAUAGGCUUUGAAUUACCUUCAAACCAUCAAAUUCAGAUUUUUUUAAAUAUUUUACACAGCACACCAACACUUGGGGGACAAAAAUUUACCAUUGAAAGGACACAUUUGUUCUUCUCUCUAUCAUAAUUUAAGUCGUAUAACAACAUGUAUACCAUUUUCAUGUUUCCACUCUUCUCACAGGCUGUCGAGACCUGUGUUGCCGCUGCAGGUUUCAGCGUUGGAGAAUUUGCCGCCCUGGUUUUCUCUGGUGCCAUGAAUUUUGCAGAAGGUAAACAAGAUCUUUGCUUAUUAACGUGGACAACCAUGACCUUGUUCUGUUAAAACAUGACAUUUACGCUUCUCUGUGUCCUCCAGCUCUUUUUGCAGUUAAGGUGCGAGCAGAGGCCAUGCAGAAAGCAUCAGAACUGGUUCCAAGUGGGAUGCUGUCGGUCGUUGGGAGACCACAGGCUCAGUAUAAACAUGCCUGUCUGCAAGCCAAAGAGCACUGCAGGAGUCUGGGCAUAGAGGAGCCGGUCUGCUCUGUGGCUAAUUAUCUGUUCCCAGAUGGCAGGGUCAUCGCAGGGCAUCAACAGGUAUGACUCAUUAUUGGGCAGCAAAAAUACUGAUACAACAUAGACAAAAUACAAAAAUCUGUGCUUCUAUCUUCUUCUUGUCCUGGUGUCCUUCCAGGCUUUGGAUUUCCUCCAGCAAAACUCGAGACGUCUCCAGUUUGCAAGGAUCAAACCUCUUCCUGUCAGCGGGGCGUUUCACACUGAGCUGAUGGAGUGCGCUACUGAACCCCUCAGAGAGGUGCUACGACAGGUGGAGGUCAGUCAAACCUUAUGUAUUACUAUUACUUAUUUAUCUUUUUGCUGUUGGUGUAAAGUCAACCACCUUUAGGCUUUGGACAGAUUAACAUUUUGUAUUAUUUUUGAUUUAAAAAAAAUAAGACUUGUUUGUUUAGUACUAAAACACCCUCACUUCAAGUCUUUUCCGACUGCUACUCAAAGAAAAGCUGUAAACCUUAACAGAUCGACUCUUUCUUGUCUAAUACAUUCAGAUCAAUCGCCCUGAAAUCAACGUCUACUCCAAUGUUGACGGCAAACGCUACAUGAAUGCGAGUCACAUACGCAGGCAGCUUGUAAAGCAGCUGGUGUCACCGGUGAAGUGGGAGCAAACUCUUCACGAGAUCUUCGAGAGGACGCAGGGUACAAACUUCCCUCACACUUACGAGGUGGGCCCUGGGAAACAGCUUCGUUCCACACUGCAGAAGUGUAACAGGAAGGCCUCUACAAAUUAUGCACAUGUAGAAGUUACAGGUGAUGAGGACUGAUGAAACUGAGGUGUGGACUUGAAUUAAAACACGGUUGAAAAUGAGCCUCUGGGUUCAUUUUUGUUUGGACAUAACCUGCUGAACCUGCAAGAUCCUGCAGUUGCAUCUUAUGGCCCUUGUUGUGUAAAUAAAUACUUAUUUUUAUAAAUGAUACUACAACAUUUCUUCAUCGUUAAGUUUAUUUGCAUCACAUGAAAAAGCAUUUUCAAAUCUGAAACAGAAAGUCCAGCUCCCUUUCUUGAUAUUCACCCAGGUUACAUAUCAUUUGUAUAAAAAUGUUGCUUCUUAAACCGGUAAGAAACUAAUCUGCAUACAAAAGACUGCAAACCAGCAACAGUCCAGUCAUAAGAAACAGACUUUUAAACAUUAAUACAACUGUGAACCAACAUGUCACUGCUACAAUAAGCUGGCCAGCUCCUCAGGCAACACUGUAAAACCAAUUUCAAACAUUUCACCACAACAAAUUUGGAAUAUCGUUAUUUUACUCCUGUUUCCGGUCACAUGCCGUCAUCAUCAACGCUGCUCAUAUCAAUAGCAAAAAAAAAAAGGUCAAAGUAAACAGCAGGAAUAAAUCAUUAAGAAAUAAUCACCACUCAAUUGCAAACUUUUUUUUGAUGUAAAUUAUCCCAAAAGACCAACUCAUGGCCCCCUCCACUCCAUCUGUAGUGCACCCAAAAUGGUCACGGCAGCCACCAGUGCCACCGUCACCAGUGCUCCUCUGGUCCAGCCAGGGCAGCUUUCUGGCAUCAAACUUGACACCUGUAACAUAAAAACACAACGGGAUCUAUACUCAUUUCUUCUCCGCACCUCAACAAGAAACCUAAAUUGAGACAGUUAUUCACGCAAGAAACAGGGAUUACCCAUGCAUCUGCUCUGAGGAUCCCCAACCCAGGCACAGUACUCUCCAGCCAGGCCUUCACAGCCGCAGACAAACCCUUGAAGCCCAAC